AUGAGAAAUGGAUAUUCGCGGGUUCCAACGACAGCCGGGACCGCCGGGCCCCCGAAGCAUCCAGAGAAGCCCACGUGGGUUUUGCGAACCCAAUUCUUGCGGCACUCCUUCCUCGUCUGGGUGGUGCUGCCCCUCUGUGUAUAUAGCUGGGAUGUGCUGGCCCCAAGUCGAUUCAAGGCUUCCUGCUCGCAGGGCUAUUCUCUGACAAGUCUGUUUCCGUUGUGUUUGGUGGAACUUCAUUACUUGUAUGCAGAGUCCUGUGCAUGGUCGGCCAUGAAAGCCCUGCUGUCUCAGCCAGAACUUGUGAUCCUAAAGCAGUUCGGGGUCCUACAGUACAGGAAGUGGCUGGUGCUGCUAGGACUUUGUGAAGGCUUUUUACUUUUCACUGACGUGAGCUUCCCCUUUGUGGCACGCGCCUGCGAUGAGAUCCUCACAGAAGACUGGGGACGGGCAUGGGGUGAUGUCCCCAUGAUUGGGCAGCUCAUGGCCAGCCUUGUGGCAGCUGUGAGGUUCUGGGGCUUCGCGCUGCUCGCCACCGUGGCAGUCAUCCUAACGAACGGUGUCGCUGGCCUCUUGCUUUGCAUCCCCUUCAGUCCCGACGGGCAGACAGGGCAGACAGGGCAGACCACCGGUGCGGAGUUCGUCGCCUGGGCGCGUGCAGCAGAGACGGCGAUGAUGCCAAGUGUUGCGUUUCUCGCUGAAGAAAUGGCGAACCAAAAGCGGCACUUAACGGACUACAGCGAAGCGAGAUCAGAUGAAGGUGCCGGCUCCUUCGGCAACAAGCUUGAUCCAGAUGCGGCAGUAAUGUUCGAGAACUUCAACCGAAACCUCGCCGCCCACAUACACUUCUCGGAGAGUGCCCACUUCAUGCUCCUCAUGCUGGGCAAGAUCUUGCUGGGCAGAUGCCUGCAGCUCUGGAUCCAGAGCUCCUUUCUGGCCCUGGCCUUUCACCAAGAAGCUGCUGGCGCAAAGGACAAGGUUAUCCUUGGAUGUUGUCUUGGGGCUGUGCUGCUGCUACACCGUGCGCUGCACAGCAUGAAGAUGCUAGGCUGUAUGGGGCUACCUCUGCUCGUGUUGAUCAUCGCCUGCGUUACCUGGGCCGGCGCAAAAAUAGCGCUGGCCUUUGUCUGCAAAGAUCACCUUUGGAACUUAACCACAGGAUGUGUCAAGCUUUCUCAGCACUAA